AUGUCACAAAUGUUUGAUUACUUUAUCAUCUAACUCAAAGAAUACUUUCGAAGUCUUACCCAAGUUUAAUUGCAAAUUUUAUUUCACAUAAAUGGGUGUGUGUGUCUCUUCAAAAAUAUAAAAAUAAAAUAAAUCUUAAGAUAACGUAUCGACGUAAUUCUUAUGUACGGCUGUAUAACGGCUAAAUUCGUAUCCAACGUUACAAAGCCGUACCUAAACCAAUAGUUUAAUAAAACAAUCAUUAUAGAUUUCUAUUCCUUUAUAAUUAUUGGUUAUUUGGAUAGAUAAAUCAAAUGAUAAGUUAAAAUUUAAAACCGUGGUGGGGAAAACUAUAAAUUAAUUUAAGUUGUAGCGGUGAGUCGAACGAAAUACGCACGCCACUGAAUCGAUUUGACAUUUCGACUGUGUCGUCACAGUGUCGCUGUCGCCAUUGUGAAAUAAGGAGUCAAAAAAGGCCAAUAUGAUUCCAAGCAAUGUUGAUUCACGUAGACCCGAUAAAGUGCAGAGAUAUAAACCUACUCAACCUAACGGAAAUGCCCCUGGUGAUGAUUUAACUCCGGAUUAUAUGAAUAUAUUAGGUUCGGAACCGACCACGGCAAAUGCAGACGCACCAACAGAUGUGGCAGAAGACCAGCAGUGUCCGCCGCCAGUGCAAGAGUUGGAUGGGGCGGCUGCGAUAUCUGCGACGCCCGUGACGGUGUUACCCGUGAGCUCUCAAUAUGGUAUAGCGACGUUGCCGCCGACGACGAUGACGACGACAACGGCAUCGUCAGCGUCUACGAACGAUAUACCAUCUGAAACGACGACUCCCGCAACAGAUACAAUAACAGAAACGACCGCGAAAACGUCGGAAAGCGGAGAUAACAAAGACUUGCAUUCGACGCCAAGCAGAAACGAUCGCUUUAAGGUGGUGAAAAUCGCGAGCCUAGAGCCGUUUCGGCGCGGCCGCUGGAAAUGCAUGGAUUACGUUGAUCAGACGGCAGCACCAACGGCGGGAAACGCUGCGAAAACGUCGGCUCCAUCGGCCGGUACCGUACCCCUCACAUACUUGCAUACACAAAGUUUACCCCAACACCAUUUCCAGCAACUGCUCGUGCAAGGGUCUUACGGGAAUCAGUACUUUCAAAACGUUCCGUCCCAAAUGAUACCGCAAAGUCAGUAUUUCUAUCAAGCUCCCGGAGUCCCAAACGUCCAGUCCCAAACGUUACCACAACAAAUUGGAGUUGCCCCAAACAAUGUCCAACCUGUUUACAUCUCAACAACCCAGCCCUACAUCCAACAGACUGUUGUGCCGAAUAGCGUUGGUGGUUUCACAGUUCAAACUUACCCCAACGUCCAAUAUGUCCCAGCUAAUGUUUCGCAAAACCAAAACAGCGCUUUCAUCCCCACCUCUCAAAAUGUUAAUUCCCAACUCCCGCCAAAUUUUCAACAGAGUCAAACAUACGCCGGCCAACCUUCAGUUUCGCAACCAACCCAACCGGUCGUAAAUGGACACGUUUAUCCCCCACAAAACGAACCAGUACCCCCAAAUUCCCUUCCUACGCAAGUUGCAAAAAUCGCUAUUUUAACAUCGCAACCACAAAAUCAAGUGGCACCGAACAUCUCAAUUCAAAAUAAUCAAGCCCCGUCUCAAAUACAAGCAGUUCCCGUACAAGCAGUUGUCCCAACACCCCAAUAUAAUAACCAACAAUUAACCAACGCGAAUUUCCAACAAAUUCCUCAACAACAAAUUAAUCAACAGAUGCCGCCACAAAAUAUGACUUCAGUACCCGCGAGCGUUACCACAAUGAAUCAAAUACCAACUUCCAAUGCAAGUACUACCAAUCAAUUACCGCCAAGUGUCAAUCAGAAUUCAACAAGUACCGCUUCUGCUAAUCCUUCACAACAAAGUGUCGUGCAACCAAUCGUACCCCAAAUGAUACCAAUCAUACAAACAGCGAAUAUCCCAACGAAUGUCUAUACAAACCCUCAAUUUGUGACUAGUGUUGUCUCAUCAGAACCUAGAGAUGGAGGAGGAGUUGAGAAUAAUCAAGAUGGAGAGGGCGCAUCGGAUGCUGAAAAAGUGAAUAGUGACGAUGCGAUUAAACCAAAUCCAGUCGUCCCGCAAGUGAACGCGAUAGAUAAUAAGAUAGAACAGGCUAUGGACCUGGUUAAAAGCCAUCUUAUGUAUACAGUUAGAGAAGAAGUUGAAGUGUUAAAAGAAAAAAUUACUGAAUUAAUGGAAAAAAUUCAACAAUUGGAGACUGAGAAUAAUUUUCUUAGAUCACAAUUACCUAAAAAUCCUAGUGGUACUCCAGAUCCACCACAAUAAAAGCCAGUUAGAAUAAAAAAACUGACGAAUAAAAUAUUUAUGGCUAACGUUAGUCCUCCCCCUAAUAUUUUGUAUACUCUCGUAUAUUCGCUUAAUUUACAUAUAACGGAAAUGAUAAAUAUGGGUAAAUUGUGGGAAACUACAUUUACUCAUUACCUAUACAUUUAUGUAAUUAAGUUCUUUUCCCUUUUUUGUAAGUUUAAAUCAAUUAUUGGUGACUAAGAAAAGUUUUAAAUCGUCCAAUAAUUGAAUUUAAAAUCUUUUUUCUUUCCCCCUACUCAAAGUGUAUUUUGCGAGAUCAUACCGAACGAAAGUGAUGCUUCUUCUGGACAGUACAGGGUGUUUUAGACCAUAGAUAAUCAGAAAACUAUGACGAAUUUUGAAAUGGCAAGAGAUUGAUUCAAUUUCUUUGUAUAAAAACAAUUUUUUUAACAUUGUAAUCAUCUUUGGUGGUAAUACUUUAUACAUAUCAUGAUAUACAGGGUGAAACCCUAAAAAUUGAGUUUCUAAGAUAUAAAAUGUUAAAUAAUAACAAAUUUGAAUUAAAAUUAUUUUUAUUUAAGAUUUUUAAUAUAAUAACAAUGUAUUAAGAUACAGAAUGUUGAAUAUUUUUGAAUCAAUUUUUAAUUAUGAAAGAAUUGGUUUAGUUUUUACUAUUUCAAUAUUGAAUCUCUUGGAACUUUCUCUUUUCUGAAGUCUACUACUGAUUUUAUAUUUAACACAUCAAUAUGGCAAGAUUGAAAAUAUACUGCUUUUGACUGUUAAUAAAUAGUCAUUAGCACUGAAUUAUAAAAUAAGGUUUCUUGAGAUGAAGACGAAUUGGAAAUAGUAUUCUUUAAUAUAUGCAAUGUGAGGCGAAAAUAAUGAAUAUCUUUAAUUUCGUGAUAACAUACGCACCAAAGUAUUAUGAUGGAAUGUAUUAACUAGCGCUAAGCAAAGUGAUAACAACUAAGUUUAUUUUAAAGCUGCUUUUUUUGAAAUUUUUGGUGCUAAACUUUUUUUAACACAGCUGGUUUAUGUGUAUAUAAUUUAAAGAUUUGAGGUUUUCACUUUUUGCCUAAAGUACCAAGAAUCUUCUGUGGUAGGGUAUAUAUUGUGCUGAAGAUUUGCAAUCGUUGAAAUGUUAUGAUUUGAACAUUUAAUUGAUAAAUUAAUCUGCCAGUUAACAUUCCACUGCCCCCUACUUUCGUUUUUAAAGCUUCUUUAUCUUGUCUCAAACUCUAAUUUUUGCUUAGUGAUAAUUAUUAUUGUUUGGCAUCAACAAUCCUUUUAUAUUUUGCUAUCUUAUGCAAUUAUUAAUUAUAUAAUAAAUCAUCCAAGUAAACUUGCUGUAAAGAGAAGAAGAAGCUGUCUUUCAAUAUUAUUAAUUCCUCGGAUGCUUUUUUUGUUUUAUAUUUCACAAUUUUUUAUACUUUUCUUCCUAGAUAUAUUACUUUGGUUGCUGAAAUACCCUAAAUAUGAUUGUACCUUUGAAUUACAACAAAAAUAAAUAAUAUUUUGCGGUUGUUGAUUCCAAUUCCAAUGUUUGCCCAUUCUUUCUCUCACACGACAUCAAAAAUAUUGUCAAUGUAGUUUUUUAUAAGUUUACAUAGACUCUCAAGUGCAAAUGAUUACUCACUUUAUGGAUGACUAUCACAGUAAUCUUGCAAGAAAUCAAAUCUGCACUUUGUUGAUAUCAUAAAACAUUUCUAUAUAUCAGUAAAUAAUUAUGAAUGUAUCUAGCAUGAUGUGUCCUGAAUAAAAAUGAUACUUUGUAGAACGAUGCUAUUUCAAAGACGGUUCGAAUGGUUUUAACUUGCCAUUAUUAAAUAAAACUCAUAAAAUCAAUGAAAAGGGUUUCUUUUUUAUUAUUGUAAUUAAUCAUUAUUUGCAUUGAUUUUCAAAGGCAAGGCGUUGGAAUGAUUAAUAUAUCCAGCUUUAAGUUAUAAUGAUCCUCUAUUACACAAAUGUUUUUUUCUGGUCACCUUUUGUUCACUGUUUUGCCUGCACCAAUACUGAUUCCAAUAAUAAAAAACCGUUUCAACGUUCUUAAAAGUUUUAUUUAAUAAUUACUUAAUAAUGGGAUGAACAGUUAUUAACGUUUUUAUUCCAGGAACAACUUAUCAUUAACUUUGAAAAACUCGUUCAGCAACGAUUUUCUAGAUUCAGAAUAUGUGUGGAAACAUAUUUUUCUAACGCUAACAUAAGGAGUUGUAACCAAAACCCUUUAAGGCGAAUUUGUUUCUGUUAUUGUUACAUUGCAACAACUUAAUUCAGAUGUAAUUUCUUUUCAAAUUUAUUAUUGAAUGUGUUGACUGUAUUAAUGAAUUUGCGGAUUUAAAUUUAUUGAAUAAGAGAGAAAUCCCAUUCAUGCCAAAUAUAUUUUUCUAAAAACUGUUUUAAUUUGAAGAAAGUCGAUAUCAUGAAAUAAAAAAGUUAGAACAUUGUUUAAAAAAUCAAAAAGAUUUAAAAUGAUUACAAUAUUAAAAAAAAAUGUUCUUUUACAAUGAAAUUUGCAUAAUUUAUCCAACUUUAUAUCUCUUGCCAUUUCCAAGUUCUCUAUUAUCAAAUUAUCUGAGAUAUCCUGUAUAUGUAUUAAUAUUAUACCGAGUGUCGUGUUAAAUUAUAUAAUUCGACCACUCUACAAUUAAUUUAAUUUAAUUUUAAUUAAAUGUAGAGACUUAUACUCCUAUAGAAUAACGACUAUAAGCGAUUAGUAAACUUGCUGCAAAUAGUAAUGUUAAUAGCCGUUUAAAAAAAAAUUGGUAAAAAAAACCUAGAUGCAGUAAAGUGUGCACGCUAUAUUUAUUGUUCAUUUAGUAGAAGAUUCAAGAUUUUCAUGCAUUUCUGUAUUCCUAGUUAGUAAAAACAGUAUCGUUUAAUUAUUUUCUUAAAUGUGUCGUUUAAAAAUAUGAAAAGAAUUAUUCGUAUAAAAGUUAUACAGUAGAACAAAAUACCGAAUAAGUAUCACUCUCAAAAAAAAGACAAGAACAUGAAAAAUCAUAUAGAUCUUUUUUUAAUCAACAAUUAAUGUGUUUUCUGUUUUCAUCUUAAAUUUUAAAGCUUUUUUCGUUCGUUUUGAAUUGGUUGGCCCACGGAGUUUAAAUCUGUAAGAAAAAUGUAAAUUAUGUAAUUAUGUAUAGAUAGAUAAAUAUAUACGUUUAAAAAAAAAUGGAAAUUAAAAGAAUAACAAGAAGAAGUGAAAUGGAAGCCAAAUUUUCAAUUUGGUGCUAUUUGAAUCUGUGAUUUUGUGCGCGGUUUCAUUUUUGUGCUCGAAAACUCCAAAAAAAAAAAAAA